AUGAUCAAAAAGUUCAGCCAAAAAUUUUUGUAUUAUCUUUUUUCCUUUGGCUUGCUCUCAUUGAUAUAUUCUUGGGUAUUUAUAAUUUAGCAUGCCAUAUGCUUUGCGCUCAGAUUUUUUUGGUACAUUCUUUACAUCAAGAUUUACUAUAAGUGCAAUGAAAAACAAUUUUUUAUGACUCAUCGGCUAUCAAGAGUUCCGAAGCACCUGACAGUUUCUUUUCAAGAAGAAUUGCCAUCAGAAAAAUGCUUACAAAAUAUAGUAAACUGGUGCACUUUAAGUUUAAAUUUAAUAGAAAUCACUUUGUAUUCAGUCUCCUUGCUUAAGGUCCAACUUGAUUAACAGCUCUGAACAAUGGUAGGUGGACCUUCCUAACCGUCGAACCGUUAAUGCUAACAAGUCCGCUAAAGACUUCUCUGAUCAGCGCCAGACUCAGCACUGACCUCUUCUCUUCUCUCGAGACUCUCAGGAGGAUCGACCUCUUUCACUAAGCUCGAGUAUAGGUCCUUACCUACAGAGCAGGUGUAUAGGGACCUAUCCCAUAACUGCCAUUUUAAUAUUGUGUAUGGUGCACUUAUCUUAAUAUUGAAUAUUUAACUUUCUAUUCUCCAGGAUUCGCGAAAAAAUACGACUUACAAAUAAAUGAACAGCAAAUAACAGUGAGGUUUUUAAAUACAAACCAUGGGAUUGAACAAAUUUUAAGAAUUACUAAAGAAAUCUCGGAAAAGUGUAAAACAAUUAACAGGGCGGAAUUAGCAGAGAAGCUUAACAGAGGGUUGCCAUUAUCUGAGCUAGUAAUAUCGAUUGGCAAAGGAGAUGGAAUGCAAUACAAAGGAAUUCCCAUAAGCUAUAUAAGUUUAUCGGAGCUUUAUUACUUGGGAAGGUUCUCAACACACACAGUUAUUGAUUUCUACAAGUGCUUAUUUAAAUACUCUAUCAGUGAACAAAGAGUUGGAAAAUAG